UUUAACCGUAAUCACGGGCGUAUUUUAGGCGGGAGGGGCGAAGGGGAGAUCGCCCCCCCCCUUCUGAAUCCGUAUUUGAGGAAUCGACUAUAUGCGAGAUACGCAUUUCGAAUUUUUUUUGACAUGGAUCAUUUUAUGACGGAAUAGAAUUACGCGUGGUUGUGAACACCGCCGAAUCGUGCUUUUUGUCGGAUCCAUUAUUCAGUGAAAAAUCAAAUAAAACACAAGCGUACUUUCAAAACGCAGACAAGAAAUCUACACGAAAAUCGAUUAUAAGUGGAUCCGGCAUUAGAUUCAAAAAAAAACAUACAAAUAUUAAGGAUUCUCCUGAUUUAAAUAUUACCAAACAUUUUACUUGUAAAUUUUGAGUCUGAAUUAAAAAAAAAAAAAAUUGAGUCACCCUCCUCUCUAGGAGUAAGUUCAAAUACGCCCCUGACUGCAAUUACUAUGGAGAUUAUAUAGAUCUGAAAAAAAAAUAGGAUUGCUAAAAACCCUAUACGUCCUCCUAGUUGCAACGUACAUUUUUUCCGGUCGUUUUCCGACGGGCUCGUCUGAGCGAACGAACGCGCGUUGUUUCCGUCGGGAGUGUUCGCGUUAGGGCCGUUUAGGUUGGAUUCUUCUCGUUCGAACUAAGUCUGUUUCGAUGUGAUCAGAUCGGUAUUGAUUUAGAUUCGUUUAUUAUUAUUCGCAAUACGAUCAUGAACCGUGCAUACUGAUAAGUCUCGUGUAUGAGAACCGGUGUUUGUGGGACGUUAUCAGUAACAUUUUAAACUCUCCUAGAAAAUAACUUGUUGACAUACUCCGGUUUUCCAUCAUUUAAUAACAAUAACUUCAUUAACGGACUUUCAAGAAAAUACGAUUCAUCGAGUUCGUCCAUCUUUGCUGGGUGACAGGAACGUAUUGACAAUCGGAGUAUCAGAAAACGCGCGCAGCGCAACCGCUUUGUUCUGGACGAGGAUUUCGAACGUCCUUGCCAGAACUCUCAAACAUAGUAACCGUAGCCUGAGGACAUGGCCUUGUCGCGUUCGCGUUUCAAUUGUUUCCGCGAAUGCGCGUGUUCACGCGUCGCGAACGAUUGCGAUUUCGGGUACGUUCGCGCUCCAGCAAAAGCAGUCGGACAUCGAGGAUUUUCCGUUGUCUGCACAUCGGUACACGUUGUUUUAGAUCUCGAUCCGAUCAAGGAAUGUAUUCGUUUUACCACGCGGUUGAUCACUUUAGUUUUGCCAAUGAUGAUACGUUCAAACUGAAAUACCUAAUGAACAACACGUUUUGGGAUGUUGAGAAUGGACCGAUAUUCUUUUACACCGGUAAUGAAGGACCAAUUGUGGACUUGAUCCACACCGCAGGUUUUGUGCGGGAAAUAUCGAAAGAAUUCCGCGCAAUGGUCGUGUUCGCCGAGCACCGUUACUACGGCGAUUCGAUGCCAUACGGAAACGAUUCGUUCAACGAUAAAAAAAAAUUGGGCUACCUGACUUCGCAGCAAGCGAUUGCUGACUUCGUGGACCUGAUAGACCACUUAAGGAAAGACUCUGCACUGAAUCGAAAGCGACCCAAUCCAGUGAUCGCGUUCGGCGGUUCGUACGGGGGAAUGCUGUCCGCUUGGUUGCGCAUGAAGUAUCCCGCCACCGUUGAAGGUGCUAUAGCGUCUUCAGCUCCGAUAUGGCAAUUCAACGGGAUGACACCAUGCAACAAUUUCUAUAAAGUGGCAUCGUUGUCUUACAGAAAUAAAAGUGCCGAAUGCGCGGCAACUAUUUCCAACUCUUGGAACGCUAUCAAUAAUAUCACAAAAACUGAAUCCGGUAAAUUAUGGUUGACGAAGAACUGGAUGCUGUGCCAACCAUUGAACAACACUGACGAUGUGACACAACUCAAGGAUUGGGCCGCCGGGAUGUAUGAGUACCUGGCCAUGAACGAUCUGCCGUAUCCUUCAUCUAUGAUUGAGAAGUUAUGCGAGCAGAUGACUUACCACGCGUUGGGCGACGAAAACCUUCUGAUGUCCGUGUUCCGAGGGCUGAGCGUGCUCUUCAACAGCACCGGCGAGUCCGAGUGUUUAAAAUACGAGACAGUGAACCCUGAGUCGACCGAACGAGGCUGGCGUUAUCAGACAUGUACAGAAAUGGUGUUCCCGGAUUGUGCGAACGGUGGCGAGGACGACAUAUUCGAACCAAACCCGUGGGAUUUUGAGGAAUACGCGCAAAAAUGUGAAAAAAAAUACGGCGUGAGACCGAUCGCGGACGCUAUCGAAAAGCAGUACGGCGGUAGAAAUCUCAAAACCGCUUCCAACAUAAUAUUUAGCAAUGGUUUGUGGGAUCCAUUUUCCAGUGGCGGUGUUUUAAAGAAUAUUUCGUCGACGGUUCAGGCGUUGUUAAUGCCAAAAACGACGCAUCAAGUUGACUUGUUAGCAUCGCACCCAAAUGAUACGUUGAUCGUUGUUCAAACCAGAGAAGCCCAUAAACGCUGGAUCAAGAAAUGGAUUGACGACUACCGGUUAUCCGACAUACCCUAAAACUUGAAAUGCGCUUUGUCCUCACUAGGAUGUAAAUAGAAAUGUGAAUUAUGACAUAAUAUUGACGUUUCGCAAUUCAAAUGAUUGCUGUAUAUAUUUAAAGUUCCCUGGAAAUAAAUCUCGCUUUUUUUAUUGUUA